GAUUGGAUGCUACAGCGAACAUAAAGUUUUGACAGUUCUGUGUCGCGGUUUGUGUGACUGACAAUGUUAGAUGUGAACAUCGACCUCUGGACUGGUCACGGGAUCCCGCGCGGUCACGUGUGGUGAUGUUAUGUUUCCCAGCCACGCCCCCUUGUUUACAGGAAGGAAUGUACUGCUGACUCCAUUGUAUGUCUUGCCCCGCCCCUCGUCCAAUCAUCAGUCAGAUUUCCCUGAGUGACAGCGGCGCCGGCCAAUCGCUCCAGCUCCUGUCUGUCGUGUGGCAUUGAGCUCGCCAUGUUGUGAGGUAACAGUCAGAGCUGAAGAAGGCCGGGACUGUGGAGCCUGGGCCGGAUAGUGGGGUCUCCUCUGGACUGUAUCAGAUUCAGAAACAUGGAGCCGCAGGUGAACCUGUGCGUGUGCUGUAGAGGGGAGACACAGAGCUUCCUGGUGUCCGAUUCUGAGAAGACCACCUGGGCGGACGUGGAAGCAAUGGUACAGGUGUCUUUUGACCUGAGUGACGUACAGCUGAAGUAUAUAGAUGAGGAGAAUGAAGAGGUAUCUGUGAACAGCCAAGGUGAAUACGAGGAAGCUUUAAAGAUUGCCGUGAACCAGGGAGGAAUCCUGCACAUGAAUGUCUAUGAGAAGCACCAGCAGCCCGGCCAGACAGCCCGGAAUCAGCAGCCUAUAGGAGCGUCAGCGAGCGGGACCUUCAUGGAAGACAAAAUGCCAGUGACACACACAUCCUUGGUUGCGAGAUCGGCAGCGCCGGAAAGGCAAACAGAAGAGAUCGCCACGGUGACCACGGAAGAACUUUGCCAAAAUGAUGGAGGGGGGAGCAUCCAAGCUGCCUGGUUCAUCAAUUACAUCCAGACAAAACGCAAUCCCACCGCAGACGUUAUGUGUCCUCCGGCCCCCCCGGACUGGUUCACCAGCUACAUGGACAGAUUCAAGGAGCAAAUUGUGCAUGAAACGGUGGAGAAGGUGACACAGAUCAUGAGGGAUCGGCUUUCCCAGAGCCAGGACUGGAUGUCAGACAGCAGUUCCUCCUCCGCACCUACCCAAGAACCAGAGCGCGAACAGUCUAUGGGCUCCUUAUACGACUGGCUCUUGGCCUGCAACAACUGCAAGAAGAGGAUCUUGGGCAUACGGUAUCAGUGCAGCACCUGCCCAUCAGUUAGCAUCUGUGAACAGUGUGAGGCCGAAGGCAGCGACCAUGACCCCAACCAUCUAUUUCUUAAGAUGAGACGACCAGUCGAGCCACAUACAGAGGAACGAUUUCCUUCACCUCAUGUCUCUGUUGAACAAGUCCGGUUCCAGAAGCACAUGCACAAGACAUUCCUAAAGGCUGAGAAGCAACGACUGCGAGCAGAGAAGCGUCAGCGCAAAGCCGAGGUGAAGGAGCUGGAGAAACAGCUGAAGCUUCAUCGUAGAAUCCAUCGCUGGCAUUCCUUGGACUCUUCCCAGCCGCAACCAGACAGCCAGAGUAGUCCUCUUAUAAUUCCUAUGGAGCCGUGCUCCCAGUUUAUCCCCACGUUCAGCGCGGUGUUUGUGGACGAGAACCUUCCAGACGGGACCCACCUGCAGCCUGGAACCAGAUUCAUCAAACACUGGAGGAUGAAGAACUCGGGGAACAUCAAAUGGGACCUGGACACUAAGCUAAAGUUCAUGUGGGGUAAUCUGACGUUAUCGUCCUCCUCCCGGAAAGAGGCUCCCGUUCCCUCCUUGCUCCCUGGUCAGAUGGGCGUCCUCUCUGUAGAGUUCGUGGCUCCAGCGCUGGAGGGCACUUACACCUCUCACUGGCGCCUGGCUCAUAAAGGAGAACAAUUUGGACCCCGCAUUUGGUGCAGUAUCAUUGUGGACUCCCUCCCUGGUGCCGAGAACCUGGAAGAUCUGGAAAAAGAGAUGUCGGCCAUAAAGAUCAGCAACCAAAUGGACAAGGAGGAGGACGGCUGCAGUUCUCGGGAUACACAGCAGGUCGGAGGCGGAGCAGAUAAAGUCAUGAUAUCCAGUCUCCAGGAUCGGGAGGCGUACAUCCCGUCUGUAGAUCUUCUUACUGCUCAAGACUUGCUAUCAUUUGAGUUGUUGGAUAUAAACAUCGUGCAAGAACUGGAACGUGUUCCACACAAUACGCCUGUUGAUAUGACACCAUGCAUGUCUCCUCUGCCACAUGAUGGCCCCUUAUUUGAGAAGCCUGGCUUGGGACAGAUUAAAGAAGAGACUGAUGGCUCCGGAUGUAAGACCAAAGCUGGGAAAAGAGCCAAGGAGGACAUGGAGGGUCCGGCUACCCAGGAGGAAACGGAAGAAGAUAUUAGCGGCACUCAGUUUGUGUGUGAAACGGUGAUGAGGAGCCUGACCUUAGAUGCCGCUCCAGACUACAAUCCACCGCAGAAGAAGACGUCCAUUCACAGUUCUGCACACUCUUCUUCUCCAUCAAGCUUCAACUACAGUAUAAAGUCUGAUGAGGACGGGUCUCAGAAGAGCGCCCUUAUGGCCAGCAGGCCGGUGCCACCCGAAACGACAGACUCAGAUGCUGCAAACCCAGAUACAGCGUUUGCAGGCACUCCGCCUCCGGUAGACCUCUGUGAUAUAGAGCCGCAGAUCCCGGAUGAACAUCAGAGAGACGAGGUUGAAAGCCAGGCGUCCUCGGACUCCUCAGAGGACUACAUCAUCAUCCUGCCCGAAUGCUUUGACACCAGCCGUCCUCUCGGAGAGUCCAUGUACAGCUCAGCCCUGUCCGAGUCUCAGGGUGACAAGGAGGCCAGAGUGACCGAGGAGACGGAUGACGGGGGCUGCCCGCUCCACACCCACAGCAUCAACGACAUCCUCACCACCUCCCAGACUCUAGAUGCCGUACCUCUCACCCCCGAAGUGGUCACCCCAUCGCCCCAGUUGAGGUCUCCACCGGAACCUCAAGUGAUCCCAGAAGAGAUGACCUCCUCGGACAUUGGCGCGGCAGCUGCUGAGCAUAUAAUCACAGCUCCAGAGAUGGAUGUCAGUCCUCAACCUCCAGAAGCUUCUCCUCCCCCCAGAUUAGUCAUUGACCAUACAAGGCAGCACACAAGAGGCGGUAUUGCCGGAGGCCUGGUGAAGGGGGCGCUGUCUGUGGCGGCCUCCGCUUAUAAAGCUUUAUUUGUCGGGCAACAGGAAACCACAAUGCCCCAGUGCUCAGAGGAACAAGCCGGAGCCAUGAUGGCCAUUCUCCUGGAGAUGGGAUUCUGCGACCGUCCGCUCAACCAGCGGCUCCUGCGCAAACACAACUACAACCUGAUGGACGUAGUGACAGAACUGAUUCACAUCAAUGACAAUGACUGGUACUCUGCUCGCUACUGAGGCGGACGGACACCGCACUUUCAAUGAAUCGUCAUAGCAUC